GUUGUGAUCAAUGUUCUGCAUGUCGUGAUUGUAAAUUGAUGUAAUUCAAAUUGAUUACUGUAACCCGAGGCUGUAACCGGUACCUCACUUCAACUGGUACAACGACCACGCAACAUGGUCAUAAGGGUAGCAGCGUCCCAGCUUCGUGAUAUUCCUCCUCUGCUUGGAGACGGUCAAGGAAGUUAUAGGAUAAGGGUAUUGGGUAAUAGUGGAUCUGGAAAGAGCACACUCAGUCGCCAAGUGGCAUCUAUCCUUAACAUUCCAUAUCUCUCGUUAGAUGAGCUAUACUGGCAACCCGGAUGGAAAACUACACCCUAUGAUGUAUUCCGUGACAAAAUAGUGGCUUUUAUGCAAACAAAUAAGUCAAAUGGCUGGGUAAUUGAAGGUGAAUAUGCUCGGAAGGGAGCUGCCGUUGCACAGGAACAUGCCACUGAUAUUAUCUGGCUUGACCCUCCCCUUCUGCUCUACUUUCCCCGCCUCCUCUUGCGAACCGUCCUCCGUCUCGUCGGAUUGGAGUCGUCAUGUAGUCCGGGAUGCCCCGAAUCCGUGCGCGAUGCAUUCUUCUCCAAAUCCGGUAUCCUAUGGUGGUGUCUCCACCAGCAUCGUGUUGUUAUUGAGCGGCACUCGGCACUCAUGAAGAUAUGGGGCUUAGGAAUAGGUUCGAAGGCACCGGAAGAGCAGAAGAUGAGACGAUUGGGCGGUUGGGGAUCGGAAGUCAAGGAUUGGCUGCAAAGUGUUCGAGAGAUGCCAAAGAAUACAUAACAGAAUGCAGUAUGUAUCUACGGUGUUGUAGAAUCGGAAACUGCAUAUACCUUAUACAAUAUCCUGUCCUCAUAC